AUGUGGGUAAAAGAUUCAGUGAAAAUUAUAUUUCUGUUCUCAUUUUUCAACAUUUUGUCAACAUCAUCGUUAAAACUGCAUUUGAAUGAAAAUGAAACCGAAUCUGAUGUUGAUAAUGAAUCGCUACCGAGUAUUUGGGAUGACGAAGUUGUCACACGAAUGGUACGCGAAGUGUUGGCAAGAGAUUUGUAUCAAGAAAACGAAAUAAAGAAAACAAGAAGGCAGUAUAAACGCGAAGUGCAUUCAUCUGCAACUGUAGCGCCAAAAUCCAGCAGUGAAUUACAAACAACCAGAAAAAUGGCAUCAGUAACGACACAGAAAGUAAAGAAACCAUCAAAAAUGACUCAGACAGGAAAUAAAAACAAAAAUCGUGUCACUUUACCAGCAUCAAUUACUUCAUCGAAUACGACAAAGGCUACCGUUAAACCCAACGUGCAGUCAACUGUUAGUAAUAUUAAUUUGGGAAGUGUUAACUCUUCAUUGAAGAUUAAGCCAAUUACGCCUCCAACAAAAUACCACUACUAUCCACACAAUCAACACCCUUACAUCUUACCAGAAUGUGCAGUACAGCAGGUUUGCAAUGCAGUUUAUGCUCGACUGAAUUAUACACAGCCAUUGUGUGUAUGUCCACCAAGGUAUCGUGAUCCAUGCUCAGCGAGUCUUAAUGAAGAUGAUAAUCAUACCAUAACAUUAGUUGGAAAUGCAAAUAGAAGAGCAGUGACAUUAGCAAAAACCUGCGAACAAGGAAAUGAGUUGCGUGAUUGUCGAGCUCCACGUGAUUGGUCGAUUUUAGCACUACAAAAUACAAGAACCGGGAAGUCACAUUAUUUAGUUAUUUGCAAAUGUCCCGGUAACUUUAGAUUAGACGGACCAUUACCUCACGAUCAACCGACUUAUGCGGGAUUGCCUGGCAUCAAUGUUUUCGGGAUGCUUUGUGUUCCUUUCAACACGCCAGCACAAGCAAGUAAAUGGCACCCAGUCAUUCAUACAUCAUAUAGGUCAAAGAAUACAACUAUUGAAGCCAUUAAUGAUAAUGGUGCUGGAGUAUGA